CUAAAAGAUACAAUGGAAAUAUUUUUUAAAAUUUUAUUUCAAGUUCAAUUUUGACUUUGCAACCCUUUGUCCCUCUUCCUUUAGCCCCUUGGCCUCUUCCCUUUCUCUCAACUUUGAGCUCCCAAUUUGUGUGGACAAGCAUGGGCAGGCACAUUAAAACAAAAAUAGAGUUGUCCAAGAUCUAUUAAUGAAUUUUUUAAAUUACUAAGAUUCUAGUCUGGGAGACAUCUAAUGCUAGCCCAGAAUAAGCACAUCUAUGAUCCAAAAUUCACCCAUGCACCACAACAAUUUCACCAAUCAGUAACAUUCAAUGGUCAGUCGCACAGUUAACAGCCAAAACUCUAUUGGCUGCUGCAGGUCUAGAUUGGAUCAGCAUGACAUGCAUUUAUUUGUGAUGAGACCUUGCCUUGUAUAGUUGUUGCUUCACUGUAUAUUAGUUGAAAUCAAAGAAUAAAACCCUAUUAAAUGAUGCCUUGGAUGUGUGCAAUCUGUGUGGAUACAUUUAGGUAGCAGUUGUUCUAUCAGAGGACUUCAGUUAAGUGGACAAUAUACUGAUAUUCCACCCAUUGUGCUCCAGAGCAGGCUAGUGUUGCAUCAGGCAACAGUAUUGCUGGAGAAGCCAUUGACCUUAUCAGUAGACAUUUGUGGAGGCAUGUUCCCACGAUUGGACCCUCUGAAUCAUUUGAAGAAAUACAGAGGAGGCUUUGAUGUCACCAACAUGCACUACUGGAGUUCUCUUGCCUACACAGGAAUCUGGGGCUACAUAAUUGCUGCUUCUUGCCUCAUAUUUGGAGUUGGGUCAGUCAUAUGGCAGCACUACAACUGGCGUUAUGAGUUGAAGAAAACCACUUUCAAUCCUUCUUUGGAUAAGCUUCACAGUGUAUCUGUGUACUGCAUGAUACAAUUCAGCAUACUCCUUUUAGGAGCCAGUGGUGUAAUAUUGUGGGAAAAUGAUAAGCUUGUCCAUGAGCUAAAGAAAACUGGAGGGAUCUUGGUUAGCACUGUGGACCAAGUCACUUUGCAAGUUGAUGGAGCUAUUAACAUGAUUCCCUUAUCCAACAUCAGUCCCAUGGCAAAUCAGGAUAUGGCAAAGAGUACCCUCUCUGCCUGUAAUAACCUUGGUGACACAUUCAGAAAUCUUACACAAAAUGUUAAAUCACACAUGUCUCAUGCCUACAAAAUUUUUGACAUUGUAAAUAUAGUUGUGUCUAUGGUUGCGUCUCUGAUGAUUUUGAUGGUGAUAAUUGGCAUUGGCAGUAUUUUUCAAUGCUGGCAUACAUUUCUAUCAUUUAUGUGUUUUGGUGCAGUUUUUACCUUGGUUGCAUCAUGGAUGAUUGCUGGAAUUGGUUUUGCUGUUGCCAUAUUAGUAGUGGAUGGAUGCCAAGCCAUGCAAUCAUACAACAAGAGUCCCCUCAGCUCAAGCAUUACACAUCUGCUGCCCUGUCUGACGCCACAGAGAGCCACAGAGGUUUUGAGUGGUGUGAAGAAGGCAAUAAAGACAGUCAUCCACGGCUCUAAUUCAUGGGUGGACGUGCUCAAUAUGCAGGAGAGGAAGCUGGUGGAGAGGCACAGGCUGUCUCACCCCACCAUUGUGCCACACAUCUGUGACCCUUAUGGUCCAGAGCCAGAGUUUAUCCCUAUGGAGUGCAGUCCUGCUGAAGGAUCCUUUGUGCAAUUUGUUGAGGAUUAUAAAAAAUAUUGUUGCCUUUCAGAUGAUAUAAAUGAUUGUUUCAAAAAAUCUACACCAAUUCCAAAAUUUGCUUUCUUAGAUGCAACACGAGCAAUGAAUGCAACAAAAAAUGUAUAUAUGAUUUUACCAACCAUUUUUCAUAUCAUUACUUGUGAUUUUAUGAAAUUGAUGUUUGAAGAAAUUAUAAAGCAGCAUUGUAUGCCAUUAAAAAAAUGUCUCACAAUGCUUUGGGUUUCAUUUGUUUCUGCUUCUCUGUUGUUGAUGCUGUUGCUAUUUUGCAUCAUAUACAUUAAGUACAAAUUAUUCAAUACACCCAAUUUGAUCUCUGAUGUGGGAAAUAGUAAAAAUAAGAUAACAUUAUCUUUUUGUAAACCUGAUGUGUAGGAGACUUAAAGUUCAUGGAAUUGUUGUAACUUAUAGAAAUAUAAUUAUUAAAAAAUAUGAUGGAAGUAUUACAAAAUGAA